AUGGGAGGUACGCAUGAGCACCAGCGGCAGUGUGUUCCGUGGAGGAGGCCGCCAUGGAGGAGCACGUUGAUUGCGCAGGUUCUGCUCUUCGUUGCGCUUUAUGGUGCGCUCAGCAUUGGGAGGACUCAGAUGCCUCGAAGCGGAGACGAGGAGAGCGGCUACAUAAGUAUGACAAGCAGACACCGCGACCUGUACUUCAUUAGCGUGGGGGGAGGCUCGAGACCUCGCGACCAGCAGAUGCAGCUCCUCCGGCAGGUCUAAGCUCCUCGGACUUGUAUUACUAUUUAUGUGUUUCUGAUAUGAGAUGUAUGAUUCUCAGUCUCGUUUCGUUUAUUUUAGUUUAGUUGACUUUCAAAUAUCUUCUGAUUUCCGGCAGGAGACUCUUUUCUGCUUUAAUUGCUGCUUUCUUUUGGUAUAGUGGGUUUUGACACUUUCCUCCUUUUUUUUCUUUUCUGAGUAAGAUGGAAAACAUUGCGAGAACGUUCAAAGUGGAGUUCGUAGUGAAUCUCAGUGAGCUGGGGAAGAAGGAUCCACUCGUACAGAAUGUAAGCUCUCCAUUUCAAGCAUUCAGAGAUUCUGAAUCUGAAAGGCUUUUUUGAUGAUUAUCUAUGGCGUGCCUGGUGAAAAUCAAAACCGCACACAAUCUAAUCUCUUAGUCAAAUAUUUUGGGUUGAAUUCUUUGCUAUUAUCUGCUUGUGCAUAAUAAUCACGCAUAUCUAGAUGAAAUCAUACAUUGAAACCGAAACGUACCAUGUAAUCGAAUAUCAUGGAUCUAAUGUUUUAUUACGGACUAAAUAAUAUGGAUUUUAUGCCUAAUAGUUACAGGGGAUCCAGUAGAAAUUAUAGAUAAUAACGGAACUAAUUACCUUAUCACAUAUUAUAUAUUGGGUUUUUAAACAAUUGCAAUUUUGUCCUUCCAGGUCUCAUUUUAUUUCCCACAUCUGAGGGUUCCGUGGUAAGUCACUCCCUUGCCAAGGAGAGCCUAACGUUUCCUUUGAAUCAGAUUCUCAACCCAUGCUCAUAAGAACGAGAAAACUUGUGCUUCUUCGGUCUUAAAUAGGCAUGUAUGGCUUGCUUUUAGGUAUGCUACUUCAGUUUCAUCAGAAAGAGGAAGUGCUUGUUUCUUGAGGAAAAUUAAAUCGCCUCGCGGCCACACAUUAGAUCUCAUCGGAUUGGAUACCGGAUUGUGGCAGGUAACCAAUCAACCAACAAAUAUGCUGGUAUACUAUACUAAAUCUUAUUUUCUCUGGAUGUCAUAGUUUUUUUUCGUGGUGAAGUCCCAUAAAAGGAAUUCAGUCAUAUGUAGCGCAGCUUUUUCUCUGACUGUAGAUAAUAUACGGCCAGUUUUUCGCAAAAAAAAUCAUUGAAGGAGGAGAUGAUGGCCAUGUUCUUCCCCAUGUUCCUUGUAUCCAAAGUUUUCCAUAAGAAGCUAACAUCAUAAUGGAAUUUCAAAGUAUUUUGCAAAACACAAUCUCUAUGAUGUUUACGUUGAAGAUCUGAGUAAAUGACGAUGAAACAGGACCUUCGUGUGACGAUAAAACUUCCUUGGUGUAUCUACUAUUUUACUAUUCAUUAUGUUAAUUCCGAUUAUUUUAUGCCCGAUUGCCACAAACAUACAUGUACAAGAAAUAAAACGAAUUAACCCCAUUUAGAUGUUGGUAUUUUUAUUUUUUCGUUUUAUCUUUUUUUAUACAUAAAAUAAAUUGACCCAAGAUCUUCUAAUCUCCCCUCAAAAUGAUUAGGAAUCAGGCCCGGGCAGUCCAGGCUAAAUUCCACAAUCCUUGUUGAUUACUAAAUAUUAAUGAAUAUUCCAAUGAUUAUCACCUCUCGUGCUACAAACUUAAACUCGGGAGAGUUUUGCUUUUUCUGGCUCCAAGAGUUUUAUAUCAUAAUCAUACACUCAUUAUCUCUCUAGAAUCCACUGGGUUGUUGUCCAAAGUGACCAAAAUACCCUGAAUUUAAUAUCGAAUAACCUCUAUAAAAAUAUUAAAUAAAAAUGAUCUGCCUACUAGAAAACUUUUAAACUACCUGCCACAAGACCAAACAAAAGUGCUAUUUUAUUCUCUAUUUUUUUUAUGCAGAAGCUACAUAUUUACCUGCAGUGGUACCUUGAAAUUUUUUUGGCCUCCAUUUCGCAUAAGAUUUCAGGUUAUUUUUAUUUUAUUUUAUUUCCUAAAACGGAAAUUAUUGUGGAUCUCUAUUUCUGAGAAUGAGUAAGAUUAAUCAACCAUAGUGAAAUAAGUCAUCUUCCAUCAUUGCUUCUCACAAGUGAUUUUCUUGGGAACUUGAAGGCUUCUUCGUGCAGUGAAGAUCUAAUGAAGCAACAGCGUUGGCUUGCCAGAACUUUAGCAGCGAUAGACAGCACCUGGUAUGGAACGAAUUUCUUGAUCGGUUUUUUUUCCCAUUUUUUUUUCUUGAAUUGGAAAUAAAAUAAAAUCCACCUUCUUUUCUCUUGAUUUCAGUUCAUGUCGGAAACAUUCUCCCCCCCCCUCUGUUUCCACCUUCUUGGAUCAUUCCUGUUUGGGAAAUGAACCCAUAUCCCAACCACCAUAUAAUCAGAUGAUUUCCGUACCACUUUGGUCAGCGGAUCUGUUCUGGGCCAGAAUCACAUCGAAGAUUUCCACAGCUUUGAGCUCAUUUUUGGUUCAUCCAGGCGCGUGGUGGUUGGCUUCCACUCGCUGGCCGCAGGCUGCGGAGAAGGGCAUGCGGCAGAGAAGACGACGAGCUCCUACCAGCGCAGCCUGCGUCAGCUCCUCUUGGAGAACAGAGUGGUAAGCCGGAGAUGCCGCCUGUGGGCCCUUGCGAGGCUUCCAUGGAACCUUACUCGGCUUUUCUUCUCUUCAGAAUGUUUACCUGAGCGGCCAGUGCUGUGGCGGUGAUCGUCCCCCUCAAUCGGGUCUCUCGUUCAUCCAUAGCUGCGGUUCCCACAGCCCAUACAGGUCAACCCCUCGCGCUGAAAUUUCUCCAUAAGUCGCGUUUCUGAAUGCUCUCUUCUUCUUCUUCAGAGGAACUGGCGACGGUUUUCAUCUCCAUGGGUUCAGCCCGUUGAAAAUCGUGAGUCAACCCGCCACUCAUGGCAGAAAUACAUGUAUAUUUUUUUCUCUUGUGAUUCUGCCCCUCUCAUGGUCGGCGGGGAUGGGUUUCUGUGGCCAGGAAUCCUACUUCAUCGACUCAAACGGCGAUAUAACUUCCAGAUCCAGAGUUCACCAGUGGGGAAGGGAGGUCGCGUGA